GAAGAUACAAGUGUGACCAUCGUGCGACAAGUUCAUUCCGUUCCGCGAACACACGAGCACCAUGAAUCUGUUGGUCGCCAGUUUAGCGGUGUUGGUGACGCUGCCCUCGAUCAUACUCGGUGGGCCCGUUCGCCUCGAGGUCUUCGACGUCGAUUUAGUGUCCGAGAAAGACUGUUACAACAACAGUUUAACGCUCCACGUUGCCAGCAGCAGUAUCGACAGGGGUUUCGUCGAAUCGCAGACGGUGAAAUGCUUGAACAUCGAACACGGACAGAUCACGUACGUGACCCAAGGAGCGUUCGACGAGGUCCCGAACUUGACGUACUUGAGUCUGGAAGGGAACAGAAUCACACCGCGGGACUUGUUCUCGUUUGGUGGUCUGAAGAGCAUCCGUACGUUGAUACUUAGCAAUCAAGUGAACCAGUAUGACGGCAAAGAACUGGUCAUACAAGGCGUGUAUCCUCAGCUUCGGUAUCUGGACCUGAGGAACAACAGCAUCAACAGUGUCCGGAGCCUGGCGGACAAUCCGUUCCCGGUACUGAAGCACCUCGAUCUGUCGAUGAAUCGUAUCGUUUAUUUCGACUUCGCCAAUUUACUGCCAUCCACGUUGUCCCAUCUGUAUCUGAAUCGUAACAGUAUCUCGCGAUUCUCGGGGCAAAAGUUCUCGAAUCUGAUGGUGUUGUCGUUAGACGGCAACAAUAUCGACAGCAUCGGCGAUGUUUAUUACGGUCUAAAUCUGACUGGGGCGAGGAACUUGAAGAGCCUCUCGGUGGGGAGCAAUCGUAUCGCCGCUUUGUCCAAGCAAGCGUUCAAGGACAAUGUGAAUCUUCAAUAUUUGAAUCUGUCCAGUAACUCUUUGUCGAGCCUGCACUCGGACACGCUGGAGUCUUUGCAAAUGUCCCUGCAGGUCCUGGUGCUGGACGGGAAUUCGUUCGACGACAUACCGAUCUCCACGAUCAUGAAUCUAACCACCCUAUCGAUGAACUGCAACGGCAUGAAACAUCUGACGGUGAAUCCGUUACUGAAUAUGCCGUAUCUGAAAAAAUUGUAUCUCGGUGGAAACACGAUCACAGACAUCAACUCGUUCGCGUUCCGUUUCCAAACGCGGCUAGAGGAGUUGUAUCUGAACGACAACAAUCUGACGUAUCUGCAGGACCAAUGGGCCGAUUAUAUGUCCAGCUUACGGCUCCUGGAUCUGUCGGGCAAUCGGUUCGAGCUGUUGGACUCGUUGCUCAAGUCCCCUGUGGCCCCGAUAAGAGAGAUCUACUUCGAUCGAAAUCCUUUGAAAUACAUAAACGCGGCCGCGUUCAAAGCGAUCCCGGAGAACGCGACCAUACAUCUGCAGGAGAAUCCGAAUCGUAUCGUUGGAUCGUGCAGACCGACCACGCCGUCGGUGGCUACUGAAUGGCCGUCUACUACAGGGACUUGGAGUCCGACUAGUGGAAGGCCUUGGGAAUGGGAUUCAACUUCCGGAAGCCCCUGGUAUUCGACAAGCAGGGGUUGGUGGAAUCAUUACAAGAAAAUGAGUACCGAAAAUCUCAGUUCUUAGAUAGGAACAAUAUUCGUAAUGUUUAAUACACGGAAAUUUUCAUGAAAUUAAAUAUACAC